CUUGCCGUCGCUUCUGCCUCCGCGGCCCCGCCCAGAACCGGAAUACAGAAGCUUGCAUAUGGAGUCUGUCAAACGGGCUGCAAUAAUUUCGCCACCAUCUGUUACAACAAUGCCGGUCGCAAAUUCGGCACAGUCACCACCGACGAGAACACGCCUACCGCUAUUUUGAACUGCAACGCCGCUCUUGGGAUAUGCCAGCAAGCGUGUGCGAAAGCGGUA